CUUGAUUUUUAUAGUACUUUUAUUUAUAACCACUAAACUUUUUUAUGGUUAGUUUUGCUAAAAACUUUCAUGAAAAUUUCGUUGAUGUUCUCACAUUAAGUUCUUAUCGAAGGAAUGAAGUUUCCGCUUUUUUUGUUAUUCAGGAACUUUUUUGCAUGCAUUUUCUUUGUAAAUGCCAAAUUUCAGCCAAAAAUAUUAGGGAGCAGAUAGUAUAAGAAGUGUAGGACUUUUGGUACCUAAAUUCUGUUUUUUUUGUUUUUGUUUUUGUUUUAUCAGUAUGAGAAAUACGGGGAGGAUAGGGGGGUGGCGAAUGGUAAACAAAAAAAUUCUUACUACAUUGUAUUAUUUAAUUUUUAAUAUUAGAUUAUUUUAAUAAAUAAAAAAUGGUAAAAGUCAUAACAAAGAAGACUUCAAAAAGCCAAUUUGCACAGACUACAGCUGUAUCUACCUCUUGUACUACACCUGUAUCUACCUCUUGUGCUACACCUGUAUCUACCUCUUGUGCUACACCUGUAUCUACCUCUUGUGCUACACCUGUAUCUACCUCUUGUGCUACACCUGUAUCUACCUCUUGUGCUACACCUGGGUGUUAUAACAUCAUAACCACAUCUACGGCCAACUCUAAGAUCACCUUAUUUUGUUUGGCAGUGUUCUGGAAUCAAGUUAUGGCAAUAUUUUAUGUAUAAAAUCUAACAAUUACAUUAAAAAAGUGCUUAUUUUUGACAAAAACUUGUAUUUUCUUAAGGGUUAGAUGGUGUUUCAUUACCCCCUCUGGCUCCCAAGAUACACCCUAC